AUGACCGCAGCCAGCAGGGAGCUACACGACGGGUGGAUGUUCUCGCAGGUCGGGGGUGGAGAAGUCCUGAAGGACGGGGAGUGGCUUGAGGCGACGAGCUUCCCGACGACGGUGCACGUCGAGCUCCUUGCGCACAAGAAGAUCCCGGACCCGUUCAUCGCCUUACGAGAGUGGGACGUGCAGUGGGUCGGUGAGGCCGCGUGGACAUUCAAGACGACCUUCACGGCGACCCCGGCCGAGCUCGCGGCGCAAAACGUGGAUCUCGUGUUCGAAGGGUUGGACACCUUCGCGGACGUCGAGCUGAACGGGAAGCACAUCCUCAAGAACGAGAGCCAGUUCGUCUCUCACCGCGUACCGGUCAAGGACGACCUCAAGGCUGGCGAUAACACAUUGGUCUUGAAGUUCGAGAGCGCAUUCAGGAAGGGUCGCGAAAUUGAAUCACAGCACGAGAAGUUCAAGUUAUGGAACGGCGACUCUAGCCGUCUCCACGUCCGCAAGGCGCAGUACAACUACGGAUGGGACUGGGGUCCGGUCCUUAUGACGACUGGCCCUUGGAAGCCGAUCCGUCUCGAGACAUACGACGCCCUCAUCGCCGACCUCGACAUACGCCCCCGCGUCGACGAGAGCCUGAACGCGAGCAUCGACGUCACCUUCGCCCUCUCCAAGCCUGGCACGAACGUGGCGAGCGUCGCGAUCCGCGACCCCGAGGGCAAAACCGUGAUCGACCAGACGAACAUCUCUGUCAAGAGCUCGAGCGCGAGCGCAAAUUUCAAGCUCUCUGCAGGCCUCGUCGAGCUCUGGUGGCCGGUCGGGUAUGGGAAGCAACCCGUUUACGAGGCCGAGGUCGCUAUCACCGAUGCGGCAGGGAAGGUGCUGGACAAGAAGCUGCAAAAGUUCGCGCUAAGACGGGCGGUUAUCGUUCAGGACGAACUCGAGGGCCAACCGGGACGGUCGUUUUUGUUCGAGAUCAACAAUGUUCGCAUGUUCUGCGGUGGAUCGAACUGGAUUCCAGCAGACUCUUUCCUUACGACGAUGACGCGCCAGCGUUACCGUGAUUGGCUGCAGCUCCUCAUCGACGGUAACCAGAACAUGAUUCGCGUCUGGGGAGGAGGCAUUUACGAGGCAGACGAUUUCUACGACAUCUGCGAUGAACUUGGCAUCAUGGUUUGGCAAGACUUCAUGUUCGGCUGUGGACAGUACCCCGCGUAUGAUUCUUUCACCAAGCUAGUCGAAAUCGAGGCGGAGCAGAAUGUGAAGAGGCUACGCCAUCACCCAUCCGUUGUCAUCUUCGCUGGGAACAACGAGGAUUAUCAAGUCGCGGAGUCCCACAAUUUGGAACUCGAUUACUCCGAUGAGACCUCUGAUUUCCGGAAGACCAACUUCCCUGCGCGCUGGAUCUACGAACGGCUGCUUCCAGACGUCGUCCAGCGUCUCUGCGACAUUCAUUACCACCGUAGUUCGCCGUACAGCGGCUAUGGCAAGCCUACCACGGACAAGACGUACGGCGACCUCCACCAAUGGAACGUGUGGCACGGGUCGCAGGAGCCCUGGCACAACUGGGACAUCCUCGCCGGUCGCUUCGUCUCAGAAUUCGGAAUGGAAGGCUACCCCGACAUCCGUACGGUCGACUACUGGCUCGGGGGCGAUCAAUCGGAGCGCUACCCCCAGUCGAGGUCGAACUGCAACCACAACAAAGCGGAUGGCUUCGAGCGCAGACUGGAGCUGUACCUCAUGGAGAACUUCAAGCACGCCUUCGACAUGGAGAGUUACGUGUACUACACCCAAGUGAUGCAGGCCGAGACCCUAGCGUCUGCUUACCGCCUUUGGCGGCGCAACUGGAAGGGCAGGGGUAGAGAAUACACCGCUGGUGCGCUUGUGUGGCAAAUCAACGACUGCUGGCCGACGACCUCCUGGGCGAUCGCAGACUACUUCCUCCGCCCGAAACCGGCCUACUUCACCAUCAAGCGCGAGCUCCGGCCGUACACCGUCGGGCUCACCCGCAAGGACCACACGACCACGCCUGAUCCGCUCUCCGCCGCGUCCUUCGCGAUCGAGACGCGGCUCGAGGUGUGGGGCACGAACAGGACGCUCGAGCCGCGGCGUGCCACGCUCACCGUGACCGUCUUCGACCUCGACUCGGACUGGACGGAGGCGUUCGAGCGCGCGGUCGAGCUCGCGCCGAACGCGGCGACGGAGCUCUGGGCGGGCGCGCUCCCCGGACAACCCGUGCGCACGACACGCAGCGCCGUCCCGCGCCCGCUCGUCGUCUCCGCGCGCCUGCUCGACACGGACGGGACCGUGCUUGCGCGGUACGCCAACUGGCCGGAGCCGUUCAAGUACAUCCACUUCCCCUCGCCCGCCGCGGUCGGCCUCACGAUCGCCCCCGCGGCUGACGGCCGCUCCGUCACGCUCUCGUGCGCGAAGCCGGUCAAGGGCAUCGUGCUCGACGCGCCCGGGCUCGCCGCGCCGCGCUUCUCGGACCAGGCGCUCGACCUCGUCCCCGGGGACCCGCAGACGGUCGCCGUGGAGGGGCUCGACGGGCGCACGGUCACCGCGCGCUACCUCGGCGACGGCUCGGCUUGA